AUGGAACCGCCCGGUUCUGGAGCGGAACCGGUCGAGGACGACCACAUCCAAGAAACGGCCCAUGGGCGCUGCAAGUCCAACGCCUCCUCCAAUGGGGCCCCGAGCGCUGCUGUGCCGCCACCUCCCCGCGCGACGCCCCUCCACCGCCGCGAGCAGGCCGGAGGCGGCGCCGAUGGGUCCAGCUCCGCCGCGGCGCGGGUCGACCGGAAGGGCAAGGGGACGCUGCCGCCCAAGGCCAUUCCUUCUCCUCCGAGCUCCGCGGGCAGCAGCAGCUCCUCCACCCCCUCCGUCAACUACGCCGCCGCAUUCAGAGCCGGGGCCUUUGGAGGCAGGGAGUCGAGCACCGUGGCGGGCGGCAGCAAGGCGCGGGUGACGUGGAGCGACCCCGCGGCGACGGAGACGAGGGAGGUGCCCAACGCGGCGGCGCAUCCGUUCGGCCCCAAGUUGGUGUCCACGCAGCGGCUGGUGAAAGAGCAGGCGGCGGUCGAUAAGGAGAACAGGCGAUGGGAACAGCAGUUCAACUCGCUGCGUGCGGAAGAGGCGAUGCAUAGGAAGGAGCAGUCUGUAAAUCAGUCAUACAAGCAGUGGCUCAAUGAUGAGGUUGCGGUAAAAUGGUCUGAUAAUGAUGAUGAUGGAGUCCCGUACCCUUUGCACGCUGAAUUUUGUGGAGAUUCUUACUCGUCACAAAGAAGGGAAUGGACUGACGUAAGAAUUGUGAGAAGACUGCGAGGGCUGCGUCUCCAAGAGAGGCUUGCUGCUCGCAAUCAUUUCAGAGCGCUGCGUGAUAGCCAGCGAGCGGGCGGGCGCAAGCCUAGCACCCUAUUCAGGCUUGCAAUGGAUAACCUAAGGGAUGGGGAACUUGUAGAGGAGUGUACCAGGGAUUGUGAUACUCCAGAAUAUCUUACUUGUCCAUUGUCGGGCGAGCUUAUGAUUGACCCGGUGACAAUUGCCACGGGGAAGACAUUUGACCGACAGCACCUCAAGGAUUGGUUUGAGAAGAACGGGCAUAUCUGUCCUGUGAACGGCGAGCCUGUUUCAGGUGCCAUUGUCCGGAACGAGCGUAUCCGAGGGUACUUGCGCGAGUGGGAAGAAUCCAAGAUGGAGCAGAUCACGAAGGUCUGAAAGAACAUGAAGUAGUAGGAAUGACAGUAUAGUUCGUCAUAUUUCACGGCCUGUAUAUAUAUAUGUCUUGUGUGCUUCCCGAAUUACA